UGUUGGUUGUUUGGCUGGCUGGCGAACGAAUUAAACAAAGCACUGUCAAAGUGCUUGUCUGUCAAAAACGCAACCCAACCACACACAGAGGGCUGGACUCGAGAAUGAACUUGUGAUUGUUUCUUGUAUGUAAGUAACAAUCAUUGUUAUUGUUCAAACGACCAUCUUGUGAAAUACGUUCUUAGAUCAAAACAAGACAGACAUACGCUUUUGCACAAGCAAUCAAAGCGAAUUCUUGAUCAUUCUUCCUUUCUUGUCAAACCCAUUCAACCUCUGGAGAACGAUCUUCUAAUACCACUAUCAGCACAAGCAAAAUCAUCAUGUCUGCAUACGGAUCAGGGCCUAAUCAAGGCUUUGGCUCUCACAACGGUGGUGGCGUAUCGGAAAAUCCAUUAGACAAAGUACGUGAAUACACUUCAAAAGUGGAAGAUAUUAUCGAUCAAUAUACACAACCAAUCAAACCUCAUUUGCCAGCUUUAGGAAGAUUUUUGAUCGUCGUUACAUUUUUGGAAGAUGCAUUACGAAUCGUUACACAAUGGUCUGAUCAAAAAUAUUAUUUACAAAGACAUAGACACUUUCCUUGGGGAAUUUCGCAUAUCUUUUUGUUUACAAACGUGAUCGUAAUGACUGCAGCUUCAAUCGCUGUAAUCACACGCAAAUAUCCCGAAAUUUCUGUUGCUUCACUUUUGGGUGUCGUAGUCGUUCAAGGUUUCGGUUAUGGAUUGAUUUUCGAUUUGAACUUCUUUUUGCGUAAUUUGAGUGUUAUCGGUGGUCUUUUGAUGGUCUUAUCCGACAGUUUGAGCAAAAAGAAGACUUUAUUCGCAGGAUUACCAAGUAUCAGUGAAACGGAUCGUAGAAUUUACUUCCAAUUGGCAGGUCGUGUUUUGUUAAUCUUUUUGUUCUUGGGUUUCAUUUUGCAAGGUCAAUGGUCAAUCGCUCGUGUGAUCGUUUCAAUUCUUGGACUUGGUGCAUGUAUUAUGGUUGCCGUUGGAUUUAAAGCAAGAUGGAGUGCAAGCUUUUUAGUCCUUUUGCUCAGCAUUUUCAACAUUCUCGUCAACAAUUUCUGGACUGUUCAUUCAGCUCAUCCUGCACGCGAUUUCUUACGAUAUGACUUCUUCCAAACGUUGUCAAUCGUUGGUGGAUUGUUAUUGUUGGUCAACAUGGGACCUGGAUCAUUCUCUGUUGAUGAACGCAAAAAGAGCACAUGAGCGUACUUUCACAAGGCUGGAAAUGGCUGCAAUAAACCCUUUCUUCGAUAUCCAAAAUCGCUGUGACAAAUGCAAUAUUUUGCUUGCGUUUUUUAGGUUGGGAAAUCACACCAAAUCUUGGAGAAAGAGGACGACGCAGACAAUUUCUAUUUUUCGAUCAUCAACUUUAUCCUUGCCAGAAACCGCUCAAAUGCAGCCAAAAUCAAACAAAAUUCCACUUCAAAUACAUCUAUCUUCCUCCUGUUCUUUUCUCCUUCUCACCUGUAAUUCAUUUCAGAUUGACGAAUCAGACAAUG